GCUUAAUGGUGAUGGUUAGAAACAAUGACUUGGCAUUAGGAAGGCUGCUAAUUGGGUCAAAGACAAAGAUGACAAUCUGGGCUGGUAGCAUGAUGAUAUUUUGUCCAGAGAAUUGAGGAAUUGCUGAAAUCUGUUCCUGACCAUGGCCACUUCUCACCAUGAGGGAGAUAUGAGCCCAAGAAACAAUGGCAAGGAGAGUAAAAUUUAAAAUUUUUCCCAGUCAAUUCGGGCUUUGACCCCACACCCCAUUACAUUUAACUAGUACAUUUUGCUGUGUUUCUUAAUAAAGAAAAAGAAACAAAAAGUUCUCUUUUUCCUAGGUCUAAAGAGCAUUAGAUGAAAGCAAGCCUUGACACUCACUCUCUUCACUUGAUUCCCAUGGAGCCUCCUAACCACAUCUCAGUUUUACUUUGUAAUGGGAGCAGAGGCCAGCCAGACAUUCCUGUGAACGCCUGAGGGCACGGGACCAGAGAGAAGCAGACAGCAAGAGAAUACUGUACACAACCUCCCCAAGCUCAGCACUGAUUUUUGUUCAGGUGAUGCUAGCAGCCGUACCAGAGCUGACAGCCAUCACCUGGGGAAAUAUCAGUUUUCAGAGGACACUGGUCUCUUGCUAUUUAGCUUAUUUAGGGUGAGAGGGAAGGAAGGAGGGAAAGAGACAAAGACAGAUGCUGGUCUCUACCCAAUGCUGAGAGUUCCUCUCCACUGCAGAGGGGGAGAGGACAGAAGAAAGAGCCACAUCCACACUUACUAUUAUUAUUUUACAUAGAUGAUUCCAUUAACUAUAUAAAUAGGUGCAGUCAGAGUCUUAGUAUUUGAUCAGCCAGAUCCUUGGAGAGGAGCAACAAGGCUUGCCUUACCCAUCUUUGGAUUAGGAGUGAAGAGGUGGCCUACAGCUCCUCCUAAAGGACAUUGAGCAACACACCUACACUCACCAUUGUUCUCUGCUCCAUAACAGAAUGUGUGGCAGAUUCCUGAGGCGGCUGAUGGCUGAGGAGAGCUGGCACUCCACCCCCGUGGGGCGCCUCAUCCUUCCGGUGCUCCUGGGAUUCCGCCUCAUACUGCUGGCUACCAGUGGGACGGGGGUCUAUGGCGAUGAGCAGAGUGAAUUUGUGUGUCACACCCAGCAGCCAGGCUGCAAGGUUGCCUGCUACGACGCCUUCCUCCCCCUCUCCCCACUGCGUUUCUGGGCCUUCCAGGUCAUGUUGGUGGCUGUGCCCAGUGUCCUCUACAUGGGUUUCACCAUGUAUCAUGGCAUCUGGCAUUGGGAAGACUCAAGAAAAGUGAAGAAGGAGGAGGAGACCCUGAUCAGACAAGGACAGGGCAGCACAGAUGUCUCAGGGGCUGAAAGCCCCAAGCUGCUCUGGGCCUAUGUGGCACAGCUGGGGGUGCGACUGGUCCUUGAGGGGGCAGCCUUGGGAGGGCAGUACCAUCUGUAUGGGUUCAAGAUGCCCAGCUCCUUUUCAUGUCGCCGAGAGCCUUGCCUUGGUAGUAUAACCUGCCACGUGCCCCGCCCCUCUGAGAAGACCAUCUUCCUAAAGACCAUGUUUGGGCUCAGUGGGCUCUGUCUCUUCUUUACUCUUUUGGAGCUGGUGCUCCUGGGCCUGGGGAGAUUGUGGCAGACCUGGAAGCAAAAAUCUUCCUCUUCUAACUACUUCACAACUUCAGAGACCACCAGAAAACACAAGGAACCAAACGAUAACUUCCCAGUGGUGGAAUCAAAAGAACAGUUCCGAGUAGCAGAGUUAUAAAAACACCUGGCUCCACUCUGAAGUAUACCCCAUGACUGGAUCUUCUCCCCAACAUCCAGUGAGUGGGGAUACAUCUCCGUGACAAGUUAGAGGCUGUUGCCAUGCUGCCUAAAGCAUUUCCUUGAAG